AUGCAUCUGAGGGGUGUGGAUAAUGUGGACGACCAUUUCUUGUGGGACGGGGAAUACAAACAAGUGUACCUAUGCCUGAACCGGAACGAAAACAACGAUGCAAUAAAAAUAGACAUAAGUCAUGACUAUAAUAUUCAUGACAUUUUGCAGCUUGUUAGAGAAAAGUACAACAUACAAGGGGAAUACAUCACUGAUUCUUCUGGAAAUGUCAUACAUUCUAUAAGAGAUAUAAUAGAUGGAGACACUUUAUAUUUAAAAGAUGGAAAGGAUAAAUUAAAUAUUAAUAAUAAGUUGAAAAAUAAUUUAAUAGUAAAUGAUUACAUAGUUCAAAAAAGAAUAGGUUCAGGUGGAUUUGGUAUAGUUUUCCAAGGUAUACAUAUACAAACGAAACAACGAGUAGCCUUAAAGUUCAUUCCUAAAAGUAAUUUUCUAGAUGUUACAGAUGUACAUAGAGUCUUCAUAGAAAUACAAACAUUAAGAGGAUUAAUUCAUAAUAAUAUAAUCAAAAUGUAUGACGUAAAUCAUUUUCAGAAUUAUGUUUGCUUAAUUAUGGAAUAUGCUAUUAAUGGAGACUUAAAAAAUUAUAUACUUAAAAAUAAUGGAUAUUUAUCAGAAAAACAAGCACAUGAUUUAUUUGUACAAAUUGUUAAAGGGGUAUAUUAUUGUCAUUCCAAACAUAUUGUUCAUAGAGAUUUAAAACUUGAAAAUAUUUUGUUAGAUGAAAAUAUGACAUGCAAAAUUGCUGACUUUGGUUUGUCUGAUUUUGUUAAUGUGGAUCAAAACAUAAAAACUGAAGCAGGUACAAAAGCAUAUAUUGCUCCUGAAAUUAUAUUCAAUCAGACAAUUAAUUAUUCGGUAUUCAAAUUAGAUAUUUGGAGUUUGGGCAUUUUAUUAUUUAUUAUGACUCAGGGAUUCCCCCCCUUUAAAUAUGUAGAAAAUGAUAUCAAAUAUUUUGACAGUAGUACACUAAAUUAUCCAAAUGAUGUUUCGGACGAUUUGAAAAGUUUAAUUUCUCUUAUGCUUAAUGUAGAUCCUAAUAAGAGACCUAUUAUCGUGGAAAUUCUAAACCAUCGCUGGUUUUACAAUUACGCGAAUCAGGGAUAA